AUGCAGAGGCGAUACUUUUCUGGUGACUCCAGCAGUCUCCUGUCUGAAGAGCAGCUGCUGUGUUCGAUCUGUCUGGAUGUGUUCACUGAUCCAGUCACCACUCCAUGUGGACACAACUUCUGUAAGAGCUGCCUUACACAGUGCUGGGAGAAGAGUCAACACUGUCACUGUCCAUUAUGUAAAGAGAAAUUCACCAAGAAACCUGAACUGAAGAUUAAUACAACACUGAGAGAGGUUGCAGAUCUCUUCAAGAAGAAACGUGGUCCUGACAAACCUGAGGUUCUUUGUGAUGCCUGCACUGGAGAGAAGCUGAAGGCCCUGAAAUCCUGUCUGGAUUGUGGACUGACUUUCUGUAAAACUCAUUUAGAGCCUCAUAAUCAUGUUUCCAAACUUAAGAAACACAAACUAAUAAACCCUGUGGAGAACCUGGAGGACUACAUAUGCCAGAAACAUGAGAGACCGCUGGAGCUGUUCUGUAGAGAUGAUCAGACGUGUGUGUGUCAGUUCUGCACUGAAGGAGACCACAAGAAUCACAACACUGUUCCUAUAGAGGAGGAGAGCGGAGAGAGGAAGACUCAGCUGGGGAAAACACAGACAGAUGUGCAGCAGAUGAUUGAGGAUCGACUGAAGAAGAUACAAGAGAUCAAACACUCAGUCAAGCUCAGCAAAAGAAGCACAGAGAAAGAGAAAGCAGACAGUGUUGAAGUCUUCACUGCUCUGAUUCGCUCCAUUGAGAGAAGUCAGGCUGAGCUGCUCGAAGUGAUGGAGGAGAAGCAGAAAGCAGCAGAGAGGCAGGCUGAAGGACUCAUUAAAGAGCUGGAGCAGGAAAUCACUGUGCUAAAGAGGAGAGACACUGAGCUGGAGCAGCUCUCACACACUGAGGAGCAUCUCCACCUCCUACAGAUUUACUCCUCCAUGUGCAGCCCUCCACACACCAAGAACUGGACUGAGAUCAGUAUUAACACUGAUCUGAGUGGGGACACUGUGAGGACAGCUCUGUCUCAGCUUCAGCAGACUCUGAAUGAGAAACUCACUAAAACACUCGAUGACAAGUUAAAGGAAGCAGAACUGAAGAGGAUUCAGCAGUAUGCAGUGGAUGUGACUCUGGACCCUGAUACAGCUCAACCCAAUCUCAUCCUGUCUGCUGAUGGAAAACAAGUGACAGAUGGAGACAAACGGCAGAAUCUCCCUGAUACACCACAGAGGUUUGAUCCGUGUGCCUGUGUUCUGGGAAAGCAGAGUUUCUCCUCAGGGAGAUUUUAUUAUGAGGUGCAGGUCAGAGGGAAAACUGCGUGGACAUUAGGAGUUGUGAGAGAGAACAUUAACAGGAAGGGGACGAUUACACUGGAACCUCAGAAUGGAUUGUGGACUGUGGGACUGAGGAAUGAGAAUCAGUAUAAGGCUUGUGCUGAUGCCUCUGUCCCCCUCACACUGAGAGAGAAGCUGGAGACGGUGGGGGUGUUUGUGGAUUAUGAGGAGGGUCUGGUCUCCUUUUAUGAUGUGAAGUCCAGAUCUCAUAUCUACUCUUUCACUGGUCAGUCUUUCACUGAGAAACUCUAUCCAUACUUCUGUCCUUAUUUAAAUGAAGGAGGUAAAAAUUCAGCCCCACUGAUCAUCUCUCCUGUAUUAAACACUGAAUGA